AUGUUCUUGGUUAUUGCGUUGACAAAGUUUCAAAAGUACGCUCGGCGCCAUCACGAGGUGCUGAUCAUCUUUGGCAUCUGCGGGGUGUUCGCCUCGCUGAUAUGGGAUGGCAUCGAGAACGGCAGCGACGGUAUUGCCGGUGCGUCGGCCAACAAGACUUCGUUCCUGUAUGCAAUCGCAUCCUUCUUCCGCGGGCGGUGCGAGACCCUGCACGGUCUCCUGCUUGCAUUUCUGGCUGUUGCCUCAAGCACCUGGGCGAUUGCGCUCCCCUCUCAGUAUUCGGGAAUGCCUGGACUCGAGAUUGCGGUCUCGAUCCUCAAGAUUAUGCUGACGGGUGCUCUAAAUUCCUACUCCAUGGACACUAUUCGCCGUCAGUUCUUUUCGGUGCUGAGUCUCUUUCAGUGCAUCACAAAAGAGGCCAAGAACACCAGCGACUACGAGCCGCUCGUGGCUGAGAUUCCGCUGUAUUUUGCGGAACGAAACCUCCGGACCAACGCCUAUCUGUUUCCGAACAUGAUCGAGCACGACCUCAAUCUCGAGGAUAUGGGGCUGAAGGUUUCGACAAUGGUCACAUUGAGACGGUGGAUAUAUGUCCGGUUUCACUGCUCGCAACUCGAAGUCAAAUAUCUCAAUGCAACUCAUGGAACACUGCAUCCCAUGGAGAACCGCAGCCGUGUCAUAUUCUCCGGUGGGAGCAAAACGGGGUUGCUGAUGGCGACCGAUGUGCGCCUUGCUAUCGACAGAACGACAAACUCCAAAGCGCUGUUCCUGCACGGCAUAACAACCAUCAUCAACCUGUGCAGUGCGACGUCAUCAUUAGCCUUCAAUCGCAGCGAUCCACUCUACAUCCAAAACAGCCGGCUCUGCUAUGUGUGGAUAUACAAGGCCAUCUACUUUCCCUCUAUACUCAUCAUUCCAUCAACUCUUCUAUGGUUCGGCGCAGUCCGUCGGCGUCCGCGGCUCUGCCAGAUGAUCAUCUUCAUUGUCUCAGCAGCCAACGUCACCGGCUGGUACCUGUGCUUUGUGAACAUGGUGCUCACAAAUGCAUACACGCUGCAAAGCUUUCAUCAAACACUCAACGAGCUUGUGAUCUCGAUCUAUUCGGCAUCGUCGCAAUCCGGACUCUUGACGAUUGCUUAUCUGCCCAUGAUGCUCAUCCUAGUGAUCGUCCAUCUCGUUGUGGUCUGCUUCCUUCUUCCGAUCCAAGACAGUAUCUGCUCGUGGGUGUGCUGUGUUAACUACGAGUUCGAGCUCCGCAAGACCUUCCUGGCCAUCACCUGGACAACCGAGGAUCUGGAGCGCCCAAUCGAGCGGCUGCAGCCCGCGCCAACUCGCAUGCCACAGACAGUUGGAUCCAUGCUGAGGAUCGCCAGCUUCAUGUCGCUCGCUCGUUUGCACACCAAGACACAGAGUUCAACCGAUAUACAUGGGCAUACCGGACCAACCACCGACCAGCCAUUGGGCAGUCAACUCUCCCAAUCGAUGCCAAAGGAACAGUUUCUGGCCAUUCCCACCAACUACGCUUUGCCUGUUCUCAAUCGCAGGGUAUCUGGAGGAAAAGAGUCCGAACAGUCGGGUUUGGUUAAGCCCCUGUCUGCGGACUGGCCUUCGUUGGUUCCGCGCGCAGAGGAGGCUGGAGGGCUCAAAGCCGGACAUACCGCCGACUUGCCCGUCCAAUCAUCGCCGAUUACGCGGCCAAACACCACGAUAAUCGCCACAGCUUUCGAUACCGAUGAAGCAAGCAAUGAAGCACUAAUGAAACGACUGAUGAAGCAACCAAUGAAACAACUGAUGAGGCAACUGAUGAGGAGAUGGGCGAAAGCCACCGAGCGAGACUCCCACGACGUCGACUCUGACGGAAUCUGGAUCGUCAAAGAGCACGCUACCGAAAGCGAGCACCAAUCGGCGGACCUCGACACGAUCCAAGCGCAAUGCCGAGCAGCUUGCCAAGCUGCGCUCGAGUACAAGGAGGCCACCAAAACCAACCGGGGCGUUGGACAACACUCCGAGUCGAUCAAGCAGCCGAAAUUCCCGCUCUCAUCGGAGCCCAAUACAAUCCUGGGGCCAAGUGGCUCCGACUCUGUUCUGCACCACACUUUCGCAUGGGAUUGCAGUCCCAAGACGCUGCGCUGGCUGAGCCCGGAGCUUUGUUUUCUCUCACAGACUCCGGCCUACCCCGCCAUCAUGCCGCCCUCCUCCGUGUCGUCUGCUGAGAAGCGUCCACAGCAAGCUCAGUCCGUCCUCGGCUCAAAACGCUCGAGUGGCUGUUCGGCCGCCACCGCUUCGUCGCAGGCAACGUCGUCGUCGGAUUGCUCGCUCGAUGGCCUUUGGCAGCAUCCGCUGGCUGCGGCCGUUCAAAUCGCUGGCACCGAUCCCGACUGCCUGGCCAUCUUCACAACGGAAAAUGGCACCCCAGAGCGGCACAGCUACCGACAGCUCUGGGAAAGAUCGUACUCGAUUGCCCAAGGACUUGGUGCCCUUCCAGACUGGGACGGCGACCGCCAGACCGUGGCCAUCCUAUGCGAGGCCGAAGCAACCUGGGUGUUCUGCACCUAUGCGCUCUGGAUCCUUGGCAGCCUCAAGAUCCGCCACAUCCUCUACCACCAUACUGCCCCGGAGCCCAUUGAGGGUGUCUGUGCCGUCAAUGUCGGAUUGUUUCCGCUUCUCGAUGGCGUUCCAGAGCCCACGCUUACCGUCUGCAAGCCCUUGUCAGACACAAUCGGUUACCUGAGCACUUCCGGAACAAUUGGCAUGCCCAAAAUCUACCCCGUUCGACACCAGUUCGUUUCGUCGGUGCAAGGCAUCCUCGGUCAUCCCAGCGGGUCUAUGGGUGUUUUUCAGGCACCGUCGUUUUCACUGAUGAUGGGUCAUCUGGUCGCCAGUCCCAACAGGAAGGGAUCGCUGUGGUUCGCCAAGUCAUCGCCAAACCCCAUCGAUAGGAUUGCUGGAAUUCGCCAGCUGCUCAACCACGGCAUGGAGGCUAUCAGUACAACGCCCUCACAGCUCAGGUUGGCCGCAAGCAUCAUUCAAACCGAAAGACGAUCAGUGGCCUGGUCGUGUGUCAAGCGCAUCCUCGUUGCAGCCGAAGUAGUGCCUGUGUCGCUCUUACAUCAGGCGAGAAGCAUGUUUCCUCAGAGCGAAAUAGUUUGCGGCUAUGGCUCAAGCGAGGGAUAUUGCUUUUGCACCAUACGUCCCUCCGAGAGCAUUCCGCGACAACUGCUAUAUCGCCCACACAGCCCAGGCGUCCGCUGCGUUUUGCUCGACGAGAGCGGCAACGCAGUCGAUGCAAGGCACUCGCGAGCAGGUAUCCUCUGCCUCGCCGUGGACAAGAGUGCAUCGGUGUACAAUACCUCCAGUUUUGCUGAGGCCGACCCCAAGGACAGACUCUCUCCGUUUGGGCUCCUCCCCGAUGGCUCUCCGCGAGUUUGCACAAUGGAUUGGGUCGAAAUGGUAACCGGCACAGACUUUAUGAUUCUCGGAAGGUUCGGCCAAAAGAUCAAGAUCAACGGAGUCUUUGUCGAUCUACAGGCAUUUGAGGAUCUUGUGUCUUCGAGUCUAUCAUCUGUGCUGGCUGACUGUGCGAUCGUGCAAACCGCCGACCUGAAGAUAGUGCUCAUCUACGUCCCCAAGUGCCCUCCGGAUUCGCGCUUGACUCCGCUGUUUGUAUUGGAAAUGGCCGAGACCGUCUUUGCGCUGCGGAACAUGCCAAAGCUCCCGAUCCACAACUGCUUCGGGCUCCGCAACAUUCCCCUCAAUGGCUCGGGCAAGCGCGAUCUCAGGGAACUCGGACGGAUCGCCGAGAAUGCCGAUCGGCAGCAGCUGGCCGUCUCGUACGCCGCUCUCGAAAUCAAUGACAGCCCGCUGUCCCGCAUCUCGGCCAAAGUGGCAUACCUUGGAAGCCGAAUUCUCGGUAUCGAGGCCAUCAGCGGCCGCAACUACUAUGUAGCAGGCGUUGGGUUCGAUUCACUGAGUGUCUGCCGCCUUGCUUUCGCCAUCAAGAGCGAGUACGGCGUCAAGCUCUCGCCUCGUGCUCUUCUUGCGCACGGAAUGACCCCGAAAAACAUUGCCAGCAUUAUCAUCGACAUUUGCUGCAGCAAACCACUGUAUCCGCCAACAACCGACCUUGCGCAGGAGGUUGCUCAACUUGACGAUCCGAGCAUCUCCGCCAGCGGGCUCCCCCGCUUUGUCUUCCGCAAGAGGCCCCGUGCGAUUCUCCUCACCAAGGUGACCUGCUUCCUUGGCGCCUUUCUGCUCUUUGAACUGGCCAACAAGUUCCCGGGGGCAAAGAUCAUUUGCCUGGUCCAAGCGUCGGAUGAAAUCCGGGCCGAAUGCCGGAUCCGCGAGGUUGCGCGAACACUAGUGAUUGCAUCAAGAAACCACCAAGACCCCAGAUUCAACAUCAUGGACAGGGUCUAUGGAGUGUGCGGCGACCUGUCGAAGGACAGGUGGGGGCUGUCGGACGCACGGUGGAGCCAGAUGGCAGAGCUCGUAGAUGUGAUUGUCCACAACGGCGCCGAGAACCACUGGCUCUAUGACUAUACGGUGCUCAAGAAUAUCAAUGUCCUUGGCACAACCACGGCCUUGCGGCUCGCCACAACCCAUCACCUCAAGACCAUCCACUACAUCUCGACGAUCGGCACGAUCCCGAUAACCAAGGGCUCGAGUAAGCCGUUUGAGGAGAAAAUGUACUCCUCGUGGAACAUCUCUGGCGGCUACGCACAGACCAAGUGGGUCGCCGAGCAGCUCAUCAGCAAGGCACGAAUGCGAGGGGUGCCCGCGACAAUCAUCCGACCGUCGAUGAUUGCCGGCGAUAGCGUCCACGGAGUCUCGGAUAUCGACAGUUACUUCUGGCGAUACAUCAAAGGAUGCAUCCAACUUGGCGCAGCACCGUCGCAUGUCGGGGUCACAGCUUUGGCCAUCGAUCCUGUCGACCAUGUCGCCCGAGUGAUCGCUGAGAUUGCAGCCUCGAAGACGGCCCUCUCCAAGUUUGUAUUCCACGUUAGCGACCCAGAGCGCAGCAUCGACUCACUCCGCCCCGUCUCCACCCCGUCGAUUAGCGCUUUUACCGAACGAAGUCUCUUUGAGCUUGUUCUCGACUUUGGAUGGGACAUCCACUUUGAGACCCGAGAUCAAUUCAGGGAGCAUGCAUCGCAGUCGCCAGCUGCCAUGGACGAUGCGCUCAUCCAGCUCAUGCACCUGGUGACGACCGCAUCCGCUCCCAUCAGCAACAUAAACACUCGCUCGAUCUAUCAUGUCCCGAGCCCGCCGCCCUCGCAUUUUAUCGCCAAGUGCCUGUUGUUUCUACUCCGGACAGGAUUGUCCGAGACGACCGAGCGCCCCGAGCAUUCCGCGAAAAAUCAGUCACUGUGA